CAUCAUCUUUUCAACUCCUCCUUCACCUCUCUCUCUCUUAUUUCUCUCUCUAGGUUUUAGGAUUCGCAGGCGAUACGUUUCUCCGGCAGGCAUGGCGACUGACCCGCCGGAGGGCUACGGUGACGACUUUCUCGAACAAAUUCUCGCGAUUCCGUCGUACAACAUCACCGGAUGCUUACCUGUUAAUACCGCUGAUUCAACUGGCUCUGAAACAGUUUCCGUUCAUCAUCAACAACAACCGCAACAACAACUGCAACCGCAACAGUUUCCGUUAGGUUUGAGUUUAGAUAACGGCCGUGAAACAAUCGGAGGAGCGUUUGCAGGACAGCAACAGCAACUGCAGCAGCAGCAGCGUGAGAGAGGAGGAAGCAUGAAUAUGAGUGGUUUGUUUCCUCAGUUUGAGAAUUUGCAGUCACACUCGCUGUUACAUACUGUUCCACAGGGUUUUCAAGGGCAGCCAACUAGCAGUACAGCGGUGACUGUGCCUCAUCCGCCUACGAUUCGCCCUAGGGUACGAGCUCGGCGAGGACAAGCUACAGAUCCUCAUAGCAUAGCUGAGCGUCUACGCCGAGAAAGAAUUGCAGAAAGAAUGAGGGCUUUGCAGGAGCUUGUCCCCAGCUGCAACAAGACUGAUAAGGCUGCUAUGCUUGACGAGAUUCUGGAUUAUGUGAAGUUCUUACGACUCCAGGUCAAGGUUCUUAGCAUGAGUAGGCUGGGUGGAGCUGGUGCAGUGGCACAGCUCGUAUCUGAUGUCCCGUUGCAAUCUGUUGAGGGGGACGGGAGUGAAAAUGGAUAUAAUAAUCAACAGCAGGGCCAGGCAGCAUGGGAGAAUUGGUCAAACGACGACACAGAACGUGAAGUAGCAAAGCUGAUGGAAGAGGAUGUUGGGGCGGCCAUGCAAUUCCUGCAGUCAAAAGCAUUAUGCAUCAUGCCCAUUUCACUUGCUUCACUAAUCUACCCUAAUCACCAACCUGAUGUUAAACCUGAGCCAUCUGCUCCUUCUUAGAUAGCAUCAUGCAUGCUUCUCCCUUAUAACUACUACUACUACUACCUUUUUCUGUCAUUUGGUUUUGUGCCCCAACCCCAACCCCAACCCGAUGUCUUCUCGGUUUGAUGGACAUUUUGUAUGAGGAAAGUAGGAAAGAAACAGGGGAUGUGUAUGGCCAUCUCAUUGUGUCCUGGGGAUUUUAUUUAUUAUCUAGAGUAAAAUGUAUUCUAAGAAAAUCUCUUCACAUGGACAACCCUACCCAACUUAGCUGUGUUUAUUAUUAUUGUUAUUAUCUAAUUGAUUUAGUAAACACAUGCUCAAAGGUCGAAUGUCCGGGUGUAGGCGGUAGGUGUUUCUCACUUGCUGCUUAAGAAUGGUAAGCCGUGGCUGUUUGCUUAGCCGCCUUUUCUUCGAGGCAACUAGUGGUGUGGCCCUUGGGUGGUUGGCUCGGCCAUAGUAUCAACAACGUUCAUCUUUCAUGACUUGGUGCAUAUCUCAUAUGGUUAAUUGGCGAUCUAUUUGUGGCACGACUGUUAUGCUUCUAUAUGUAUUCUGGAGUCUUCUUUUGUGCUCCUUGGUUGAUGCAAUAGUUUGCGAAUGAAACGUAUGAUCAUUGCUAUUAA